AUGGUGAAGUUCUCGCGGGAGUACGAGGCCAGCAUCAUCCCGGAGUGGAAGCCCGCCUUCGUCGACUACAAGGGCCUCAAGAAGCUCAUCAAGAAGAUCAAGGUCACCCAGCGCGACGCCGACGAUAGUAACGGAGACUCGUCGCCGGCGUCCGACGACAACGCGCUCGUCGGGGAUGGUGACGUCGGCUAUCUUCUCCGUGCUCGACCCCGUCCGCGCCCUCGCCGCCCGGAAGACGAGGAGAGCGGCGAUUCGGGCGAGCUCGUGCGAUCCACGGACAAGCAUGAGCAGGAGUUCUUGGAGAAGGCGGACGAGGAGCUGGACAAGGUGAACAUCUUCUACGCGGCGCAGGAGGCUGAGCUGCUGGGCCGUGGCGAGGCGCUCAUCGACCAGCUCCGCAUCCUCGCCGACGUCAAGCGCAUCCUGGCUGACCACGCGGCCACCCGCCGCGCCCGGGGCACCCUCCUCGGCCGCAGCCGCUCCAUGCCGCCGCCCUCGCCGGCGCUCAGUGGCUCCGGGCGGUACCUCCUCUCGGGCCUCGCCACGCCGCAGUCCAUGUCAGAUGGGAGCGUGGAGCUGCAGCAGGCGCAGAUGACGGAGGGCGUGGCGAUGGCCGACGAGGUGAUGGCGGCGCUGGAGCGCAACGGCGUCAGCUUCGUGGGAUUGCCCGGCAAAAAGGACGCCAAGAAGGAGGGAAGCGGCGGCAGGGGCGGAGACUGCAGCUGCCGUCGACGGUGCGGAUCGACAUCCCGGCGAGCAACCCAGGGCGGGCGGCGCUCAAGGUGUGGGAGGAGCUGGUGAACGUGCUGCGCAAGGACGGCGCCGACCCGGCGGCCGCCUUCGUCCACCGCAAGAAGGUGCAGCACGCCGAGAAGAACAUCCGCGACGCCUUCAUGGCGCUCUACCGUGGCCUCGAGCUGCUCAAGAAGUUCAGGUGCAUAACCCGGCCACCAUACACGACUUUGCUUUCAGAGCCAAUCCUCACGCAUCUAGACCACCAUAUACAGCGGCCCGAGACCAAAGGGUUUAACGCUUCUCCAAUCUUUACAUGGUCAUCAGAGCCAAUCAUCACGCAUCUAGCUAAUCGAGAGAAAGCCGUCGAGCCCGAGAAGAAACCAAUCUAGCGCCGCAGGAAAGAACCUAUGGCAGGCACCAACGCUUCCACCUCCGCUUCCACCACCGCGUCUACUACCUCCGCCCUCAUCGCGUCCACCAUGAGUUCGCUAACCACCCAAUUCGCUGGUUCAUCUUCGUCCACCUUCAGCAGUGCCGCUAGCUCCCUCGGGCCACCUCCGUCAGAAAAACUGACGAGGUCCAACUUCCUACUUUGGAAGGCCAUUGUGUUGCCUCAAAUCAAAGGGGCGCAGAUGGAACAUCACCUUGACGCCACAAGCCUGGCGCCUCCUGCCACUAUCAUCAUCACAAAGGAUGGGAAGGAAGAGCAGGUUCUGAACUAUGCUCGGACGAUCUGGUACGCCCAACAGAAUAGGUACAAGGAUAUCUGAUGGGAUCUCUGUCACGUGAGGUUCUUGCGCAGGUCGUAACUCUCCAGACGCCGGCCGAAGUGUGGAGCGCCAUCCAUGCCUUCUUCGCUGCGCAGACACAAUCGCAGCUCGUCAACACCCGCAUCGCGCUUGCAAAUCUUCAGAAGGGCAACAUGGGCAUGCCCGAGUAUCUCGCCAAGAUCAAG